AGAUGGCGCCGUUACUGCAGUAGCGAGAAACCAAGAUGGCUGCGCCCAUGUGUUCCACGGGGUGGAGACGAUAUUUGUUGUGGCUGGCUCACGACCAUCUGGAAUUUAGAAUACCGGAGAUCCAGUCCAUCGCCCUUGCAGUUGGAUCACAAAUGGAGAUCUGUGAUUCAGACUAUGAUCUCAAGAGCCAUCCUUUUGUAGAACUGAGGCUACCUUCUGAAGAAGAUGCCAGGAAAAUUAUUGGGAGAUCUUUUCUGUCAAGAUGUUUACUGGAGUUAUGGGGUACAGGACAGACUGCAGAGGAGUUACAUCAAGUACUCAGGGACUAUCCUACAGAACUGUCUGCUCCCUACAUGAGACAGGACACAUCAUUCAGGUACCACGUAGCUGCCUUCGGGAAGACUCUAACCAUGAGGAGGAAAAGGGACCUCAUUGAUGCGUUAGACUUCCUUCCCUUCCAAGGUCGUGUUGACCUUAAGAAUGCAGAACACACCUUCUACAUCUUGGAAGACUAUGGAGAUGACCCAACAAAAACACCCGAGGAACCUUACAGGACGUUCUUUGGCAGAUGGAUAGGAGAUGGCCAGAGGAAACUGAUCGACAAAUAUUCGGUCAGAAAACGACACUUUAUCGGAGAGACCAGCAUGGACGCUGCGCUGUCCUUUGUCAUGGCAAACAUGGCCGCCGCAAGGCGCAACUCUGUCGUGUUUGACCCGUUCGUGGGGACAGGUAGUCUUCUUGUAUCGUCUGCCCAUUUUGGCUCCUAUGUGAUGGGUACAGACAUUGACUCUCACAUCAUACAUGGAUGGGGACGUUCCACGAGACACAACAAGAAAUGGCGUGGGGAGGAUGAGAAUAUCCGAGCUAACCUGCGUCAGUACGGACUGGAACACCUGUAUCUGGACGUGCUGAUAUCAGACGCCGCGCGCAGCGUAUGGAGACCAUGUCAGCUCUUUGACGCUAUUGUCACUGAUCCACCAUAUGGUAUCAGAGAAUCCAGUCAGAGACUUGGGACUAAAGACAACAACUUUGUCAGAGAAGAUGAUUGUGAGUUGCACAACCCGACAAAGACAGCGUACACACUGUCUGACCUUCUCACUGACCUGCUGAACUAUGCAGCACAACAUCUGGUGAUCCACGGCAGACUGGUGUACUGGCUACCAGUCUACAGACCUGACUACUCAGAGAAGAUCCUGCCCAGACACCCGUGCCUGAGACUAGUGUCCAACUGUGAACAGGUUCUCUCUACAGACAUUAGCCGCAGACUCAUCUGCAUGGAGAAGGUUAAAGAGUACCAGGAGUCAGACUCUGCAGAGAUCGUUGUAAACCCGUACCGAGAACACAAUGCCAUCAGGGACAAGUACUUACUGUUAGCAAAGGAGAAGAAGCAGAAACAAAGGACAAGGGAAGACACACACACCAAAACAAAGCCUUCAGAAAAGCCAACAGAGGAAAGUUAGAGAUGUUUCAGAAUUUUUAGAAAAAUGUUUCAGGGGUCCAGAAAUUCUUAGAUGCUUUUCUAAGAAUUUCCAAAACAUACAUGCAAUCUUCCAACAACAGAAACACAGGUACCUGAUCAUGAUAUUUACUACAUAUAAUAGGUGAUGUUGAGCCCAUAAUCUUACUUGCAGACUUACUACUCCAACUCGCUGCACUUCUGUCAAUGGAAAGUUUGCUGAUGGAGAUGCUUGUUAAAUUGGAGUGAGCCAGACAUAAGUUUGUCACCAGCUAAAAAACAUGGUCUGAGACAUUUCAACC